AUGCUUGCAUCUCAUAGAAAAAUAACCGAAGUACAAGCAUAUGAGAUUGAUUUGGCCGAUGACUCCGGAUUAAGGCAUAAGUCAACAUUUCAACUUAUGAGCACACAUGCUGGACAGAGAGCUAAUGUUGGAUUACACGAGUCGAUGUUAAAAAUUCAAUACAAAAAGACAGAGAAGGGAAAAGAGGUUGAAGCCGAUCUAAAAUUAUCUAGGACACAAAUGUUUAAACAUAUUGUUUCUAAGUUCAUAAAGGUGGCAGUAUCGUAUGAAGAGGAAGACCUCAAGUUUGUUGAUGACACUGUCUAUCUCAUGUUUACUGAUAUGCUAAUGACACUGCCAAUAAAUUUUUUAUAUCAUCAUUAG